AUGUCCACUCCGGCUGAACUCCAGGCCCUGUUUGCCAACAUCAAACCAAGGCAUUCGCCAAAUACUGCAUCCAAUACUCUGGCCCCUGAGGCUCAGAGCCGUCGUCAGAAUGGCUCCCCAUCUGGUGAAUACUCAUUUUCAUCUUCAGCCGGUUUGUUCCAAGCUACUGUGUCCUCGCCUCUUUACAGUCCUCAGUAUGCCGGAACUCCUCUUCAUAGUUCGGACGUUCUCGGCCCCAACGUUCAUACGCCACGUACCAGCCACAUACCACAGCAGACUCCGAACGUGGAUCGCACUUCCAAUUUGUUGAACUUGCUCAAGUUCAGUUCGACUUCCCAGAGUCCAUCCCCUCCAAAGCAGCCACAGGACGAGCCGUCCGCAGCGAAGGGGUCACAAGGUGAGGGGCCUGUUGGUACGACCCAAACUAGCCAUAGAAGAGGCCUAUCUGCUUCUGAUAUUGUGGCCUCGUUCAUGGGGAAACCAACUACUUCAUCCUCUGCUGCCUCUGGGUUGUUAUCCGAUGGUCACGGUGGCGGACAACCCUCUGAACGGCCCACCACCGCUUCCCCGUCCGCUGAUAAUGCUCAAAUUAUGCUGUUGAAGCUAUUGAAUCGUCCGAAACCGCAAACGUCUCAACCGGAGGAGCAAGUGGCAGCUACUGUUGGUGCGAAAUCGCCUGAGGUUGCAAAUCCUCCCCGAGAACGUUCUGCUGAUGCAGGCGUCACACCACUUUCGGGGCGUGGACCGUCCCCAAUGAGACUGUUUGGGACUGAUGAGAGUCAAGAAACCACCCCUUUUGAGCCACCGAUUCAGCAACAACCGAAGGAAUCGAUCUUCACCUAUGUUAAUCCAUUCGAACAACUUGCGGCGGCAUCUCCCCGCAACCGAACUCCACAGGGAAAUGAGUCACGAGGAUAUACUAAUACUGACACUGUUGCUGAUACCUCCAGCAAGGAAAACGGGUCACAAAGCCUCAGCAGGACCAAUGGCCAGCGAAAACGGCCAGAACCCUCCGAGGACAUUGAUCCAUCAUCGUUGCCUUUGGAAUCAGGUGAGAAUAUGUCGGUUUCGGGGGCACAAGAAUCCCAGGGUCCUGAUCAGAAAAAGAUGAAGAUAAAACGAGAAUCAGUUCCUGAUGCGCUUGGAGAAAUUGCUGGGCAGGUUGACAAAGAAGUGGAGGAUGCCUUGGCAAGGGCCACUCUGGACGAGUCCAUUCACGUUAAACAAGAAUCUGAGGGAGAAAAUACAAAGGAAAUUUUGAACUCUCUAGUAGAUAAACUGGAAAAGACCGCAAUUACUGUGCAGGAAGAGUUGGAAAAAGAUAUCAGUGUUGAAAUUACCCCUAAGAGCUCACCUCCAGUUGUCCCAGAUGUAAAGGAGUCUCCUGAUGAUACCAACAAUGCCGUUGUUGACUCGUGGGAGUCCGAAACAGGUCGCGUUGUCCCUGUGUACAACUUUCCAUUGAAGCCCUUCAUGUCCAUCACCUGGAAGGGGAAUACAGUAAAGCACUCUUCCCUUCGGGCUGACGGAAUAAUGGACAUUGCCCGUCUCAGGAAGGACUUCGACCAGUUGGACCGUUCACUUACAUCAGCUACCUCCGAAUACAUCGUAUACGCAUUGGCUAAGAGUGGUGGCAUGAGAAUAGUUCGACAAGAUGACGGUCAGGAUAGACAGGUGUUUCGAUCUACCAAUGAUCGGAUUUUCAAUGUAACUCUAUCUACUACCGCAGCCGGCUCCUCAUCGACCAAGGAACAAGCUGUUAUUGGGAUCGGUGUCAGUGGCGCAGUCUACUGGGCGACCAUUUCCAAGGCAGACAACGAUCUCUUUGAUAAGGAUGCCCCCGAAAGUGACAGCUUAAUUUUUCCGCCAUUCCCCGCCUCGGAUGAUAAUACGUCUGGAGGCCAGCUGAAAACGCGGGCUAGACGGAGCUCACGUCAUCCUGAAUUCUUCGCGAUCGGUCGUGGCAAGUCUAUUCACAUCGUAUGGCCGCAUUCCGCUAUGUCUCCAAAGUAUGGGGUGACGAAAACCCAGCGCGAAGUUGACACGGAAAAGUUUUUCAAAGAAAAGUCUUUGAAGAUCGCUACAGGCAAGGCUGGUAAAGACUUCAUAUUCAGCGAUGAUGACACGGUUAUUGUCUCUCUUGACAAAACUGGCAGGAUGAGAUUCUGGGACAUUCGUGAGGUGGGGGACUUCCCUAAUGCUGGCACUUCGAAGGUGUCGACAGACAUUCGAAUCCCACUUUUGACUCUUGUGACUGGCUCGCCUACGGAGAAGUCUUGGCCUACUUCUGUUUUAUUCAUCGAUAAACUGCGGCCAUACGUGAAAGCAUCUGCCCUUCGCUAUGUUCUUGUUGGUUUAAAACAGAAUCACACGCUGCAGCUCUGGGAUAUUGGGCUGGGCAAGGCUGUGCAAGAAUUGAACUUCCCUCACGAUAAUGAAUCCGAUGCUAUAUGCAGUGUUGCAUACCAUCCUAGUUCUGGAAUUGUUGUUGUUGGCCACCCUACGCGUAAUUCUAUAUAUUUCGUGCACUUGUCUGCACCGAGAUACUCCCUACCUCCGAUGUCGCAAGGCACGUAUAUUCAGCGAGUAGCCGAAAAGGACGAAAGACUUCCAAAACCGGAGUCAACAGCUUGUAUGAGUGGAAUCCGCGAGCUGUCCUUUGGCAGCAAGGGGCAGCUGCGAAGCCUUGAGCUACUGCCUCUCAACCGGCCGUCCGUUUCGCAACGUAGUGUUGAUGAAGAGGCAGGGCUAUUCGAGUUGUACGUUAUGCAUUCUCUAGGAGUCACAUGUCUUAAUAUUAAGAAGUCAGACCUUGGAUGGAGCAAUGACAACAAAAUCCUUGAUCCCGUUAAUGCUUUGCAGAACGGUUUCAUAGAUGUCAAUGCCCUGCAGACGUUCCCUGCUCCAGUCGAUGAACAGUCGGUAAACGGAGAUGUAGCCCUAAAGGGUGCUCCGAAAGCAAAGGAACCCGUUAAGAAAGCUGCUGGUCUCUCUGCAGAAUCUGUUACUGGGGUUGAAUCCUCCCGUAACCAGUCCCCCUCGAAACAAUCGCCGAAGAAGAAGACAGGUGACUCAGUAUCUACUUCCGAUCAACAUGAUCAAGUGAUUACUUCUACAGAUAAGGGCGAUAGAAGGCGGAAGAAGAAAAACGAUAGUGUGAAAACAAAGGAAACCCUAAGUAGAGAUGUUAAUCAGUGCCAGCCAGAAAUUCCUCAGCUUGUGCCGGUAGUUGAGACUCCUAUUGCGCUCCCUCAGAUUUCUGCCGAUUCUAGCGCUGUGGAAGCAACUAACCUAGGCGUGUCGUUUGACUUCCUAAACCGGGAGGUAAAGAAGAUCGAGAAAGCUGUUUCUGCCGAAUUUACGAAGUGCCUUGGUCGUGAGAUGGAUUCCUUGUAUGCUCGCUUUGAUCAGGAUCGUCGUACGCAAGACCAGGCCGCUAAUGCGAAGCAAGAUGCAGUUUUGCGGCUUGUCUCGUCAACCCUCUCUGACAAUGUGGAGAAGAAUUUGUCCCGCAUUAUUGCCAACAAUGUCCAGACGAUGGUUGUACCAACACUUCUUGAAACGACGAUCAAGUCUAUGGACCAGCAAAUAAAGGAGGGGCUCGGCCGACAGCUUGAUUUUGUGGUUCCACAUGCUAUGAAAGAACUUCUCCCAGCAGCUGUACAGAAAACGGUCCUGAAUGAAAAUGUACUGAGUCGCAUUUCUGAUUUGAUUUCUGCAUCCGUUUCAACCCGUGUGGAGAGAGACAUUUCUAGGGUUCUUCAUGAAAAGAUAAUUCCAUCAUUUAGAGAAGAAUCAAUUCAGCAAGCGAGAUUGACGACCAAGGAAGUUGAGAGACAAUUUGUCGCUCAGCUACACCAGUAUGAGUUGCGACAACAGCAGGAUAGCACCAAAAUCGAUCAGCUUACAACCCUUGUUCGCUCCCUGUCCGAGACUGUUUCAGUCAUGGCAGCUGCUCAAUCUCAAUUCCAAAGUGAAAUCUUAGAGCUCAAUCGUCAGGUUGGAGCAAAGGCGGCGUCACCCCAAAAAUCUUCCGGCCCAACUACGGUUGGAAGCAAGGUUCCACCCGCUCAAGCAGAAUCGACCCCAGAACAGAUCGAGCUAGAGGAAAUCCGUAACCUUAUGAAUAGCGCAAGAUACGAGGAAGGGUCUAUUAGAUGGAUUCAAUCACCCCAUCAAGCAGACCUUUUCAACAACCUGUUUGUCAACUUUGAUCCCUCAUAUCUUGCCAAACUCUCACCGCUUGUAGUUCUUUCUGUCAGCGCCGCCGUGACAUCGUCUCUUGAAACAAACGUGAUGGAUCGUCUCAAUUGGCUUGAACUUGUUUUCCAGACUGUUAAUAUCAAGGAUCCCGAGAUCUAUGAAGUCGCACCGAAAAUCAUGGAUGUUCUUAUCCAACGCCUUGAAGCUCUUUAUAUGGCUAUUGCAGAGAACACUCCGCAUGAUCCCGUCCUCCGCCGGAUUCCUCGUUUAACCCGAUGGGCCAGGGACCUCCAAGCACACAACCAGUGA